UUUAUACAUGUGAUUGCAUCAUGCAUGUCGCUCCAUUGAUGUCACCUGCUUUUGUUUCACACCUUUUUUGUAGCUUUGGCAUUUUUCUCGCUCUCCCUAAACGCCCCGUUUCAAUUGGAGGAAACGGGCGUUCCGCCUUUAUCCCCCCCCCCGGCAAAAACCGGUUUCCGCCAUUAAAAAAAACAAAAAAAACGUUUUUUUUACUGGGUUAAUGUUUCUGUUUAAUGGGCUCCCAUAAAACAAUCUUGUCGACUCAUCACCCGUUGCCCCCUGGACGGCUUAUACACUUUUUAUUUUUUUCAUCUCUGUGUAGGUAUCACUGACUGAUAAACACUCAUUUUGCUGGGGUAAAAGUAGAUUAGUCUUUUGUAAAAAAUAAUGACUGAAAGCUCUUCCUCGUCGUCCACCUCUUGGAGAGAAGCUUCUUUACUCAGUAGAAUCCGCACGUUGCUUCCCGUCGGCUUCGAGGGAGAAUUGAAAAACUUAUCACUAUUGGCUGUGCCUGCGAUUUUGACUCACUUCAUGGUGCUUUCUGCAAGCUUUGUCAGCACUGUGUUCUGUGGUCAUUUGGGAAGGGUGGAGCUGGAUGCAGUAUCUCUGGCCAUAGCUGUUGUGAAUGUUACAGGCAUAUCUGUUGGUGCCGGGCUGUCAUCAGCAUGCGAUACUUUGAUAUCUCAGACAUAUGGGGCUGGCAAUCUCCAAAGAGUCGGGGUGAUUGUGCAGAGGACCAUCCUCAUCCUUAUCCUGACAUGUUUCCCAUGCUGGGCGGUGCUCAUCAACACAGAGUCCAUUCUGCUGGUUUUGGGACAAGCACCAGAGGUUGCCAGGUUGUCUCAUUUGUACGUGAAGAUCUUCAUGCCAGCACUUCCUGCUACAUUCAUGUUUCAACUGCAAGCGGGAUACUUGCAAAACCAGGGGAUCAUAUGGCCACAAGUGAUCACAGGCUUUGUGGCCAAUCUCCUCAAUGCCUACAUGAACUACAUUGUUCUCUUUGUAUUAAACAUGGGAGUAGCAGGUUCUGCUCUUGCCAACAUCGUGUCACAGUUUUCCAUGGCUGGCAUCUUGUACACUUACAUCUUGUGGAAAGGUCUUCACAAGGUUACCUGGGGAGGUUGGUCCAAAGAUUGUCUGCAGGAGUGGGGCUCUUUCAUCCACUUAGCCAUCCCCAGCAUGUUGAUGUUGUGUGUGGAGUGGUGGACUUUCGAGAUUGCCAUCUUCCUAGCAGGUCUCAUAAGUGAGGUAGAACUUGGAGCUCAGUCAGUCAUCUAUCAAAUCUCAAACUGUGUUUAUAUGUUUCCUUUCGGUUUCAGUCAGGCGGGCACUGUACGAGUGGGAAAUGCUCUGGGAGCUGGAGAUGCCCAGCGGGCUAAGUUGUCUGCAAAACUGUCAAUGUUCUGUGCAGUGUUAGUCUCUUUAUGCUUGAUGGUCAUCAUUGGGAGCCUGAGACAUCAUAUUGCUUUUAUCUUCACGUAUGACGAACAAAUACGGCUAAAGGUUGCUGAGGUUGUGAUAUUCUAUGCUCCGUUCAUCCUGAUGGAAGCAAUUGUAGUGGCCGCCGGAGGGAUUAUCAUAGGAAUGGGGAAGCAGAAAGUCGGGGCGGUCUGUAACAUUCUGGGUUAUUAUGGAGUGUGUCUACCUGUUGGAGUGCCGCUGAUGUUUAAAACCAAAUUAGGAAUCAAAGGUCUGUGGACAGGUUUCUGUGCCUCUGUGUCUCUGCAGAGCUGCUUACUGCUUGUCUACUUGGCAAAGAUGAACUGGGAGAAAGUUACACUUGAGGCUCAGAUUAGAGCUGGUGUUACCAGGAGUUCAGAAGACCCCCAGCAUCAAAGCGACAUGUAUGAGCUGCUGGUCCCUGAGGAACGGGAGGAGGAGUGGGAGGAGGAGGAUGAGGAGGAGGAAGAGGAAGAGGCGGCGACGGUAGUGGCGGUGAGCGCUCCAGACCAGUACCUCGCCCAAAGGACCUUAAUGGUGCAUCGAGGUCUUCUUGUUGCCCUCAUGCUCUUCAUUAUGGUUGCCGGGAUCGUGGUCAACCAACUAUUGACCAAGUCGGUCAAGUAAUCCAUCCAUUUGUCAAUCUACGGUGUUCCUUUGAAGUUCAUUAAAGUGUCACGAA